GCAUUGGUCAGUUUGAUUCAUUCGGUUCGCUCGGACGGAUCGUUCGAAUCGAACCUGGGUCCUCCCUCACAGGUACACAUGCUUUGCGACUCGGUUCGAUCGAAUCAUGAAGAAGAAUCGAUUCAAUGAAGCGCCGCUGUUCUUUGUCCUCGCGGUGACUGACUGCAUAUGAUCCCGCUGAAUGUACAUUAUUUAUUCCUCCGUUUACAAUCUGUAUUCAUCAAACAGAAGAUUUGAAGGAUGGUGUUAGUUCAUGUCGGAUAUCUGGUUCUUCCUGUCUUUGGCUCUGUGAGAAAUAGAGGAUCUCAUUUUAACAGGCAUCAGCACAGUCAUGCUACCUCUUGCCGGCAUUUCCAUGUAGGGCCCCAGGCCCAGAUCCCUGUUGAUUUCCCAAUGCCCCAUCCAGGACAAUCUCAGACAGGAAUGAGCCAUCAUCUCGGCCCUGCGCACCAGCCAGCUGCGGCGUUACAUCCACCCAUCAACCACAUACCAGCUCCACCGUUCCAGGACAUCCCACCCCCGCCCUUCCUACCUCAGGCUUUACACCAGCAAUACCUCAUCCAGCAGCAGAUCCUGGAGGCCCAGCACAGGAGGAUACUUCCACAGCCCAGGCAUGCUCCAGACCGAACCCUUCCCCAUUCGCAGACAUUGCGGCCGCCAUAUGAAUACCCACCAUCCAUCCACAUCCCCCCCCCACCGCCGGUGCCGCAGCAGCCACGCUACCUUGCUGAAGGAACAGACUGGGAUCUGAGUGUGGAUCCAGGCCUGCCUCAGUACCACGUCUCUCCCCUCACUCAACAUUAUCAGCAUUACCUGACCUCUCCACGACUGCAUCACUUCCCCAGGAACACCACCUCGGCACAAGUGGUUGUCCAUGAAAUCAGAAACUACCCUUAUCCUCAGUUACAUCUGCUGGCUCUCCAAAGCCUCAGUCCGUCUCGCCAUGCAUCUGCUGUGCGGGAGAGUUACGAGGAGCUCCUGCAGUUGGAGGACAGACUGGGAAAUGUUAACAGAGGGGCUCUGCCAGCCACAAUCGAGAGGUUUACCUUUCCUCAUAAGUAUAAAAAGAGAAGACCUCUUGAGCUAAAGAUUGGCAUGGAUGAAGAGGAGCUCGACACGGAUGAGAAAUGCACAAUAUGCCUCUCGAUGCUUGAAGAUGGAGAGGACGUCAGGAGAUUACCCUGCAUGCACCUCUUCCACCAGGCUUGUGUUGACCAGUGGCUGGCAACCAAUAAGAAGUGUCCCAUCUGCAGGGUAGACAUUGAGACGCAGUUGUCCCCCGAUAGCUGAUGUCUCGUGUAGCAUUAGCUAAAAGUCCUGUCGUCUUUCUUAGUCCCCUUGUGGGCACUUUGCCAAAUGUGUGUCAUCUCCAUCACCUCUCACCUCUAACCUUUGCCUUCUGAGCCAACUGACGAUGUAGAACGGGGAAGACAGAUAGCCCUGAGUCCAGCACAUGGAGAAGAACGAGUCUGUCGAUGAAGCUGAUUUCAGUCAAAGUGCUGUGAAUGUGUGUGUGUUUGGGACGUGACCGCUGCUCGUAACGUCUCAGAAUGAUCUCGGAUGAAGACCGACCAAAUGUUCUCAGUGUUCAGUAGGUCACAGAUGAAGCAUUACAGCAUGAACACAACAAAGUCCAACAUAUUACACGUGAUUGGUCAUGAACAGUUCAUUUGUGAAAAAAUUAAUUGGCGAAUGAGAAGCGCGUAAGAGUAGUAUAAUGACCCUGUGUUUAAAAAAGCUCAGUCGUCAUGUCUGUAAUUAUCGGAGGUGAUUAAUUAUCUUGAGCUGUUUGAAAUGUGUCCACGUUUUGUGCUCGUGACGCCUCCAACGCUUAGAAACGUAUCCACCAAAUGCAUGUUGAAGCGAAAGGUUCUUGUGACGAUAGGUCAACAUGCAUGAGGACGUUUCCUGCGUGAUACUCUACUAAUCCUGAAGACACUGUGUUCUUGAUGCGUCUCCGAAGUCACCACGAGUGAAAUAUGUACCUUAAUGCCUGUAGCACAAGCACACGUUGAAUAGUAACGCCAUAACUCCGUGUUUCCAUUCUCUCUGUGACUCGUGGUCUCGCUUGGUCGUAAAGCAGCAUCUGUAGAGUCAUAAUGUGCAUGAAACAUGUUUGCUGCCAUUUCUAGAGGACAUGACAAGGGAGUAAAGCCAUUUGUUUUAUAAAAACCAAACAUAAGUUUUCUAAGCUCUUCUUCAUGAUCAUGAUUUCUUCUUUUUCCUACUGUUGCCAACCUGUGUGCAGGGCUGGUUCAGCUUCUCCACAUAAGUAGCUGCAAUGCUGGAAAAAAUUAACAAACUAGUUAUUUAUUGUCGUCUUAAUGUAGUAAGUGGUUAUUUUUGUAAAUGCACUCAGUUCUAAUGGGGUCGUGUGAUUGUUUCUCUUUCCCUGCUUUUGCAUUUGCACUCAGUUUCCUUGCAUAUCGUGCACUCCAUCCAGAAAACUAAAAAACAAGGGAACAGACUUUUUAACAGCACAGUUUCUUUGCGUAAUGAUUGCCGCACUGACCACUUUCAAUGUAAGUGACUGUUUAUCCGUAGCAUUUGAGAUGUCUCUGUAGUACAUUUGAUUAAAUAACCUGCUUGGCUUUGCUUUCGCACCUUUUCCAGAAGUCAAGUGUUCAGCUUCUUGGAAGCAUUUCCUUGUUUUCAAUCACUGUUUUGUAGCAUUUAGUGAGCGUACGGAAGCAUGUUUCCACCACUGAAUAAAAAAGAAAAAGCUUGUGACUUUCUGUCUCAUAAUUCUGACUUU